UAAUAAGUUACAUUUAAUUAAUACAGGUAAUACAAAUACACAAAGUAGUCCAAAGGAUUUAGAUGGUGAUCAUUAUCCGAAUAGACAAAAUGUUUUAAAUAAUGAGCUUAAUAAAUUAGCAGAUCAAAAUGAAAAAGAUAAUGCAAAUGUUUUUUCAAUUCCAAUUAACGGAGAGAAUACAAAAAAGAAAGAUAUAUACGAACAUCCCAAAAGAGUAGAAAGUGCAGAAGAUGUACAUAUUAUACCUAAUACCAUAGAUCAAUCUAUAGAAAAUGGAAAUAAUAUAAUGAACAUGAAUAAUAAAUCUGGUAGUGAAAAUUCCUCUAAGAAUAUGAAUUCAGAAACACACAAUAUAAAUGAUCCUUUUAAUCUGAAACCUUU